ACUUGUCAUAUUGUAAUUUUAAUUUUGCACAUAUAAUUAGAAAUUAUAAAGAUUUAUUUGUAUUGUAAAAAUUUUUUUUUUCAAAUAAAUAAGUUUUUAAAUUUUAAAUAAAAGUUUGUAAAAAGCUUUGUAAAAAUUUACUUAUUUUAAUAGAUAUAGGUAAUAUAUAAUAUCACUUUUUUAUUUAUUUUUAUUAAAUGGCAAAAACAAAAGAAAUUAUAUGUUCGUUGGAUAUGAAGAAGAAUAAUAAUAAUUCUAUCAGUGCAGAUUUGUCUAAUCAAGAGGAAAAAGAUAAAUUGCUGGACGAGAUCGUGUUACUAGAAGCGCAUGUCUCUUUACUAGAAACUAUGAUUGUAACACCCAAAUUCGGUCAAUUAAAAUUUGAAAAAUUGCCAUUGACUCAUGACAGUGAAGCCGUAAGGUUUCAUAUACCGGACGUGCAAACGGAAUUAUGUCAUGAACUCUACCGAUUCGUGGGAUUGAGAUGUCGGGAUAUUGACCAAAAUUCGAGAUUCGUUUUUGAAAUCAAUAGCACCGAACAAAAUAACGAACAGUACGCAAUAGAGAUACUGAUAGACGAAAAUGGCUGUGGAAAAUUAGGAAAGUGGGUGUUACCUAUGUUCAUUAACGUACAAGAAAUAUUAUCGCAAUAUCCUAUCGAUAACUUAAAUAACGUAAAGUACUUUUUGAAGAGCUGCAAGCAUCAUGUUGAUAGUUAUCUUUGUCGUUUGAAACAGUUUAAAGAAUUGCAGAAUUCACUCUCAGGGAUCAAAAAUAUUCAUGUAUCUCACACUUUAGGCAUUAUUUUAAUUGAAUUCGUAAUAUCAGGAAUAAAAGAUAUAGAUACUGACGAAUUUUAUAACGUUAUACUAUAUUUAUACUAUGAAUCUACCGCAGCAAGACCUUACAAAUUAUCCUCGGAUGUGGAUGAUAACGAAAAACCAUCGCCGAUUUUAGUUAAAAAAUUAAACAAGUACUUUAAACCUUUCUUGAAGGAAAAUUUGAGCUUGGCAUUCUUGCAGAUCAGCGAAUCGCAAACUAAAUUUGUGUGGCAAAAAAUUAUGGCAAACGAUAACGAAGACAUUGCGGAAGUGUUCGACAAAUCCGAUAACGAAAAUAUGGGAUUUUUAACGGAGUUUUUACAUCGAGGCGAUAAGAAGAGACAGAAGAAAAGCAAAAAUAAAGUACAAAAUGAAGAAAUUACUUUGCGUGGAAAUGAAAUGGAAACUUCGCUUAGCGUUGAAAAAGAGAAGUUUAAAGAUACUAAUGUCACAGACAAUGCAGCGGAAGAUGAUUCUUCGGGAAUAGAUAAAAGAAUUAAGUCGCGCAAACGCAAACGUUUGACGAAAACAAUAGUAAAGCCAAGCGGCGCGAAAAAAUCACAAGCAGAUUUAAAAAAAUUCAAGAAAGGAAUAUCAAACACAGAAAAAAAUAGUGAUCGAAAUAUUGCGGAUAUCGAUUAUCCUUCGGAUGUCACAAGUGGAUUAAAAUCCAUUGUACAACAGAAAAAAUCUAAUAAUAAAAUACGCGAGGCAAAUAUCGAACAUGUACAAAUGGAAGAUAAUUAUAAUAGAAAGAAAGAUUCGAUUGAUAAAAAUAAAAAAAGCUAUAAAGAAUUGCUAAAUAAAUCAAAUAGUGAGCAUUCGAUAAAUUCACAGAAAGAAAAGAGAAAGACGAUCACACGUAUUAAUCAAAUUGAGAAGAAAAGGAAUAUUUCAAAACUAAAGAAUAAUAAACAAGCCAAAUUAAGUAGUAGCACUCCUAUUUCAAAAAGAUUAACCGACAAGUCCUAUGCAUUUGAUGAGAUGUCAUCUAUAGGAAGAAUGUCAUAGGAAGAAUGAAGAUAAUAUUUUAUAAUACAUAUUUGUGUUAUAAUCGUAUUGGAUUAACUUAACAUAUUUUGUUAUAAUUAAUUAUUAAUGAUACGUAAAGAGGAAAUGUAGAUAUGCAUGAAAUAUAAAAUAUAUAAAUAAAAGUUAUUACCUACAUAAUAACAAAAGU